GAGGAGGCGGAGCAGCGCCUUGAAGGAGCCAGCCCCGCAGGAGGCGGGGCGCCCCAGUUCCCUUGUCAGGAUUAGCUCUGCGCACGCAGCCCCGGUUGGUUUUUCCCCGGCACAAGCUCGGUUCCGCCUAGGUCGGAGAAGCAGCCCCGGGGAGAGUGCAGAUCCGGGGAGCCUAUGGAGCCGCGCAACAUCGGCUCGGCCAGCGUGGAACGCGGAACAGAUACAAUGUAGCGAGUGGAGGAGCUGGGGAGAGACCGGGAGCCACAACCCCCCGUAGCACAAGGGAGACCGGGAGCGUCCUUCCUUCCGCCCUUUUCCCGGGAAAUCAGUGUUUAUCCCUGGAGUAGCGACUGAGAUUUGGGCAGGCCCCGGCCUUUAAGAUGCUCCCGUACAACUGCCGGAGCUCGGGGUGAGGCCCUGGGCGGCUCCCCUCCCCCAAUCAUGCCUCCCGGACCCCCGUGAAACCCUUACUGGCCUCCCCGAAGUAGCUAAGCAGAGAGCACCAUGGAGCUGGAGCUGGGCUGGGCGGCACUGGUGCUGCUCUUCGCCGCCUCCCUGCUCACCGUCUCGGCCUGGCUGUUGCAGUAUUCCCGGGGCGUGUGGAGCGGCCGGGGAAAGCCGGAGACCUCGGGAGGAGCUCUAAGGGAAGCCGGCAUCUGGAAGUCCUUACUGAGGCUGCGGGUGGCCCGGGACGGAGCUCCUGAGGAGGCGGUAGCGGGGGCCAGAGGGCUCCUUGCUUCGCUCUUUGCCUUCAGAUCCUUCCGGGAGAACUGGCAGCGAGCUUGGGUGCGAGCUCUCAACGAGCAGGCCCGCAGGCACGGGAGUUCAGUCCAGAUCACGUUUGAAGAGAGUCCUCAGCUACCACCAGCGGUGAAUAUAAGUCACGUGACCUGCACAGACCAGGCAGACCACAGUAUGGUGUUGCACUGCCAUCUGGCAGCUGAUGCUGUGAAGUUCCCAGUCUCUGUCACUCAGCAGUCUCCAGCUGCUGUUUCCAUGGAUACCUAUCAUGUCACCUUAGCUCUGCUGCAGGCCCAGGUGGAGAUCCGUUUGGAGGAGCUGCAGAAUGAGGGCCUGCUGGUGUCAUGGACAUUCAAGGACAGACCAGACUUGAACCUUUCAGUUGUUCCGAAACUUCAGCCUCGUGAAAAGAAUGAUGGGAAAGUGGAUCUGUCCACCAUAAAGGACCUGAUUGAGGACUCGAUUGUCAGCACCCAGCCUGCCAUGAUGGUGAAUCUGAAGGCAUGCACUGCUGGUAGUAAUGUGAUGUCCUGUGAAAAACUGUCCCAAGAGUCCACAUCUAAUAUAGUGGCCCCUACGGUGUCCAAGUUGCUUCUCCGGCAUAUGCAGGUGCUCAACUUGAGCUGUGAGGAGGAAGGAGGAGGUGGGAAGCUAUGCUGUGUAGCCGAGCUAGACAGUCCUCUGCAGCAGAAAUGGACAAAGCCAGCGAGAGCAAGCAUCUCCAGCGCUGCCGCAGCGGUGCAGUGGAAUGAGGAGCUCAUGCUGGAGCUGGGGCCACGAAGUAAAGAGUUGAAGCUGAGAGUACUGGGGAACAGCAGUGGUGGGGAGAAUGUGCUUUUGGGACAUACUGCUGUUUCACUUGACUCCUGCAGCAAACAGCCAUCUGGGAGGCUGAUCUAUUCCCUGACCCCAGGAGCUGGGCAGCUGCUGCCACCUGCGGCUACCCUUACACUGGAGCUGCUCUACCACGAGUCUCCUUUGUCCCCGAAUCCCCAGUAUGCCGCAUCACUGCGCACCAGCAUCACCCCCACCAAAAAAAUCGAAAUGGACCGUACCAUCAUGCCUGAUGGCACCAUUGUGACUACUGUCACCACCGUCCAGUCCAGGCCCAAGGUGGACUGUAAGCUGGAUUCACCGUCGAGAUCCCCAUCCAAAGUGGAAGUGACAGAGAAGACGACAACAAGGCUUUCAGAGAGCAGCUGUCCCAGCAGUGCCUCACCCAGCAACAGCUGGGACAGUCACAUGUCCAAUGGUUUGGAUCCUGUGGCCGAGACAGCAAUCAGGCAGUUGACUGAAACGAAUAACAAAUCUGCCAAGAAGACCCCUACAAAACGCAGCACACUUAUCAUCUCAGGAGUUUCCAAGGUACCAAUUGCCCAAGAUGAAAUGGCACUUUCUCUUGGUUAUGCGGCAUCUAUGGAGGCCACCAUGCAUGGAUACUCCAUAAUGGCAGGCAUGUGCGACCACCCGCAGAGUUCCACUGAGCCAUCCCAGCUGCUGGAAGCAUCAUUCUCAGGACAGAGAGCUAGUCAGGAGCUGGAUGAGACAACACGAUCAGACAUCUCUGAGAGACCCUCGGUGGAGGACGUGGAAUCUGAAACUGGCUCUACAGGAGCCCUCGAGACCAGGAGCUUAAAGGAUCACAAAGUCAGCUUUCUCCGGAGCGGCACCAAGCUCAUCUUCCGGAGGAAGAACAAGCAGAAGGAAGCAGGCCUGAGCCAGUCGCAUGAUGACCUGUCCAAUGCCAGCACCAGCUCUGCCACCAGGAAGAAAGCCAGCAGCUUCUCCCGGCGCCUCAUCAAGCGCUUCUCCUUUAAGUCUAAAUCAAAACCCAAGACCAACGGCAGCACAUCAUCAAUGGGCGAGAACUAAGGGUGGGAUGAGCCAGUCCGAAAGGUUGCAUUGAAGCCCCCUUUGUCUCUGUGUCUUUCCCACCCCAGGUAUCUGCGAACUACAAUCCAAUUCCUUCCUCCCUCAGCUGAGGGGGACACCUCCCCUCCCCUGGUGCUUUAUAUUGGUUGAGGAGGUAAGGGAGUUAUGAACCCAAAGUUUAGGUUGAUUAGCCACCAUGUUUCUGCCUCUUCUGGAUAUCAUGACCCAUUUGUUCUGGCAUAAGGCCAGAUAGCUUGCUAAGCAGUCAUUCUGACUGCUCCCGGCACUGGUGGAAUGACUCCAUGUCCUCCUGAUUGCCUUGCACCUUUGAUUUCUCCAGAUGACCUUCUAGAAGGGGGACAGGGUGUCUGCUCCAGGGUUAAGACUUAACCCCUUAGUUCCUGAAAUCUUUAACUGUAUGGCAAAAGAGACCCUUGAAUAAAUUUUUUGGGGAAAGGGGGUUAAUCUAUGGAAGAUCAAGGCUCCUCCACGGUACUUCUGCAUGGUGCGACGUUCAUGGCCUGACUGAGGAGUAACACCUGUUUGCUGCAGCCUGCCAGCUGGGGUAAAUUUUCAGGGGAAAGAGUAACUCCAUAAACCAGUUAUGCUAUUUGAACAGUGCCCCCCUGUUUUGUAGAGAAUUUGGGGGAUUUUUCUUUUAAAUUAAAGGACUUAACCAGAAGAUGGGAACCUAGGUGAGACUCUGCAAGACAACUGGGUCCUUGCAAAAGUCCUCUUCUUAUCACUACUGCAGCAGCUGCUAGCCAGACAUAAGGCCCCCUUCUAUUGCCAGGUGUGUAUAGAAAGAUGGCCUGAUCCAUAGAUGUAGCUCCCCCAAAUGGGGUGUCCACCACAUCUAGCUGUCUGGACCAGCAGCUAGUCUUUGUACAUAUGGCCCCUUUCCCUACAGAGAUGGUUGGGGCCACUGGAGAAGCAGAUGUUGUUUGAUCUUGUAGAAUGCAAGCUCAGCUGUUGUGGUCCAUGGGUGCUCUACUCUGAAGACCAACAUGAUGCUUGGAAAAUGAGGGGUAGAUUUGUGCUAGAGGAGUGUUUGCUAUGUAGCUUGAAGUUUUAUUUUAGAACCCCAUGUGACCCAUUCUUUAGUGGAAAGAAUGAAGGUGAAGUCCUCCACAGAAAAGAUUUAACUUAUUAAAAUGGACCUUUACCUAGUGGCUCCUGAUGGCACUGACUCUUCCUCCUGCAAAUCUGAUUCUGACUGUAUCUUUCUUUCAAAUAAUAUGAAUGUCCUUGAUUUGUCUUGUAUUGGCAGAGGAAAUGAUGCUAAGAAAUGCAGAGGCCUUCAACUUCAUUGCAUGGAAGAGAAUCUAGUAGACAGCUAGGCAGACUCUUUGCCCUGAAUGUGGCAGGGGGUUAGAAGUUGCUGAAUUUACUUUGGUUCCUUCCAAAAUGUUCUGGUUUGACUCAAUGUCCUAUGAGAGUAUCGUGUGGGGAUAAAUGGUUUGAAAAGGAGCAUCUGCUCUUCAGCAUGUAGAAGUGCGGAGAAGGGAGACCAGAGAAGAAAUCAGCCUAAAAGAUGAGGUCACCUGGGACUGGUCUUAUUUUCCUCCUCCCCAAGUUACUAGGGUGGCUACUAGGAUGGGAAAUCAUUUCUGCCUAGAAAGGGGAUGUGGUGGUGGUGGUGUUUUGUUUUGUUGUAUGUGGAAAAAAUUAUUCCUGGGUGAUUGCAGGAGGACAAUUAUUAGGUUUUGCAAAAAUUACAGAGGAAGUCUGGUCUAUAGGAACAUCCUUGAACAGUGAUCAUGGGGCACAUCAAAAGACUAGAAGGGGGUUAGCAGUGCAUAACUGUGAAGAGUUUAGGGUCAGGAACUAUUCAUGUUCCUGGGCUCAGGGAAGCACUAGGUUCUGGGUAGGAUCCAGAGUGCACAGCUAUGAUUUGAAAGCUAACAAGUGGGACACCUAAGUUAUAGGUGCUCUUUAGCGUUGUCCCGCUCACCCUAGCUAGACUGGGGUGUGCACAGUAUAAAACAACUGGUCCAGCUGGCCAGUAGCCUCCUCUUUCCCCAGCUUUUGGUCCUGAACAGUGUGUUCAGUCUCAACAUCCUUUCUAUUUUUCUCCCUUUUCCUUCCUUACUGAGAAACCAUCAUGCUUAUGCCACUCCUUCCCACACAUUAUCAGCCUACAGCACCUGCUAUCUGUCACUGAAACAUGAGCUCCUUGAUGGAAACUGUGCCAAGAUCUCAGUUGGGGCAUGUUGGCAGUUUUGGAUGACUCAUAGAAAGACGUACCACCCACCUUUCUGUCACAGCUCACCUGUCUCUGUGGUCUCAAAGCUGUAGCCUUUUCUGACUGGAAAUCCUCCACUUGCCUCAUUCUUGGUUUUGUUUGUUUUUCUUUGUUUUUCUUUCUCAACUUUCGGGAGGUAGUUUAAGACUAAAAGUGGUUAAUGUUCUGAAGCCAGAAGACAUCAAGAUUUCUCCAACAGCUACCUGUGAAACCCUGCAGUGGACACUAUAGCAGUUUCUCUAGAAGGCUGAAGAUAGUGAAAUACACAUGUUUGAGGUUAGACUGAACAUAAACUAUAAUCUGAACAUGACUUUGAAUAACAGAAACAAGCAACUUCUGAGCUGGAACUUAACUGUUUCACAAAUUUGAUUUGAGCUUUAAUUCUUCUUAAACGACAAACGGAAUGGGCUGGCUCUGCUGGAGAGGAGCUGGCUGUGAAAAUGCUAGUGCAGCUCAUUGUAUACUUCUUGAAAUGUAAAAAUCCAUACACUUCAGUACGCCCAGAUAGCCCUUUGCAGAUGGCUGCAGGACAUAGUGGAUGUCUCCUUAGCAGGGUUAAACUAGGAGUCGCGUCUUUACUUUCUUAUGAAGUUUUAUUUAAAGUAUCUGAUAAUUGGGUGAUCGUAUUCUUAGAGCAGGGUUGCUCAGUUGUAUGGUCUUGGUUAAAUGACACAUUCUUCUCCUUUCUGCAUCUUCACAUUUGUACAGAGUAAUUUUUCAUGUAUAGCUGCUACCAUGCACAAGCAGUAGAUUGUGGGACUUUUGCCCAUGCUUUUUGUGUACUUCUGGGUACUUGAUAUAUAAGGAAUGGUGAUGCUUCAGCCUCACAAUUAGGUGGGAUUAGGUCAAGUAAUUGAUCUACCUUUGGCAUACUUCCAGGUGAAAGAGGCCCUGUACGUCUUUAGCAUCCAAACAUUUCUAGAAUUUAAUGUGUUUAAGGAGCAAGUCCUACAGGAUUUUAUUUUCAAAAUUGAUCCUUGAGUCUUAAAAGAUCUAACUUUUUCUUUCUCUACUUGUAUUUAUUGCUUUGAAAUGUUUGCUGUGUAAACUACCUUUCACAGAGGCUGCAGUACCCUCAUGGGUUAUUUAUUCCCUCAACCACUUGACUGCUCAUCUUGGUGCGAUCACAGUAAUUGUGGUAUAACCACCAGGAUCCCCAAGGAUGAAGAUGGCAGAUUUUUCUGCACUCUUUAGAUUAAAGCUGCGGAGCAUCUCCUUAAAGGGUCACUGGGGUCAAACACUUAAAUUUAAUAAAAACUGGUUGUUUACCAAAUAUCAGUGUGUUGAUGUGUGUGGGAGGAAAACUGAAUGUAAAGUUAGGGUUUGCUUUUUUUUUUCCUUUUUUCUUUUGCAAGAAUUGCACUCUUUUGGCACAUCUGUGCAUAUAGUCCAACAUUCUGCUGGCCGUUUGAGAACCAAAAAGUGAAAGUGAUUCUAAACAAAAUGAAACUGCAGUGUCAUUUCCUAGGCUGAAGCUAAUGCAAAAAAUACACAAUGUAAAUGAAUGUUAGUCUCUAAUGUGAUGGUAAUAACACACAGCUAAAGAAAUGCAUUUUAAAAAUAGUUUUUAAUUUGAAUGUCCUUUUCUAAUUAGCCGUCAGAGCUAUUCUUUAAGCCUAUAGAUGAAAAAUUAAAGUCCAUUUUCUGUCCUUAGUCUACAGGCAAUCCUAUCUCCUGUCAAUAGAAACUGCAUGCGUAGAUAAGGGAUGCUGUGCAGCUUUAAAUUAAGAGAGACACACAUACAGGCUAAGUGCAAAAGGCAGUGUUAUUAGUGCAAAAGGCAGUGUUAUGGAGAUCUCUCUUUCAAAGGAUAUUUCAAAAAGCUGCUUGUUAAUGGAACCUAAUUGUGUGUGUGUGUUGGGGGGCGGGGUUCUUUGUAAACAUUUAUUGUUUGGCUAUCUUUUUACAGGCUAUGAUAUGAACUGAUUGAAAAGGAGAGGUAUGAUCAGUAGGUCUGGUUACUAGCCUUUACAGACUUUGUGGUGUCCCAUACUGGCAAUCCUCCCUAUUCCCAUAGGCAUUUCUUGUAAUGUGGUAUAUUUAAAAAAAAAAACUGCUUCUUACAAAUAUCUGUUGAAUACACUUAAGGAUUUCACAGUCAGAUGAGUUGAGGUAAUGGAAAGGGGACUACAGCCAGGCAGAGAAUGGGACAAAUAACAGUGGGGUGAAGUUGGGGAUACUGAAAAGUUUUAUACAGACCUCUGCAAAUUGUUCACUCUUUACUCAGCUAAGUUAAUUACUUCUUUUCAAAUUAGAAUAUGCAUGUAUGUACAUACAGGGUGUGUAUGUGUGUAUAUAUGUAUGUUUACGGAAGUUUUCUUCUGUUUCCUCUGAGUUAAUCAUUACUUAGGGACUUGUUUCCUGUGACAACAUCUUUCUUUGGGUUAGAUUUCAAAUCUAUAGAGCUGGGGGCUUGUGGGCAACUAGCAAGCCAAUCUGAUCCCAGAUGGGACAGCAGCUGUGACUUAGAUCUUAUUUGUUCCUUUCAGCUGUCUUUUUCUUCCCUUCCUAUACAUAAUGAAUAUACAGUGAAGGUGUCAUAUCCUUGGUAGCAGAGAUUCAGUGAAACCUCUUGUAAAAUAAAAAGCUGGUGUGUACCCUGUGAUAUUGUAGCUCCUUUACAUGAGUGGCCCUCAACUCAGGACUCCUUUCACAGGUAUCUGCUUGCUUUGCUCACUUGCACAGGUUCUGGAGCAAAUACCCACACUGAGCCUGAGCUAGUGCCCCACACUUGUGCUCUUUUGUACUUUGAUGCCUUCUUUGUGGGUGGAUUAUUUUAACCCCAGAUUUCAAUACAAAGAAAAAUAGGAACUGUUUAGCUAUUUAAGAGAUUAGAGUACAAUGAUUUAUUUAAAGAUGAAAUGGAUGAAAUUCUGCACCUUUGUAAAUGUUUAAGAAGAGUUCCAUUGCUGUGUAAUGGCCUGAACUUGUUAACUUAUUAAACUAAAUGGGAGUUAUAAACAG